CGCGGGAACGUGGAGUGGCGUAAAGCUCUCAUCCGUCGCGCUCAACGCAUCGCGCAAUCGGCUGCAGUGGCCGCGAAUUGCCAUCAGUGGAAAUAUAAUAUCUACGAAAUUYAUUGUGUAUGCGAGCGCGAUUUGUCACACAACGAUUUUAGACCGGAAGACGAUUAUAUUAUUUUAUACAUAGAUAUAUAGUCACUGAAGCGAAUUCACGAUGGUCAACAUAGCAAGCGUGGGCACGGUGGUCAUCAAAGUCGUGAAAUUGGUGUUGAACAUAAUCAUUUUGGUGCUGUACCGAACCGGAUAUCGUGGUGGAUUUUUGGGAGUCGGUGGUACAUGGAACCUGAACGAAGAGAAAAACCCGGAUGCGGAAAUAGUCGCUUCCGGUGUGUUUGUCGGUUUCUUCAUCUACACCGUCGUGAUCUUGAUAUCGUACGGGUUCGGGUCAAACCACCAGAAGAAAACGUUAGUGGAUAUAAUAAUGAAUUUCGUCGGCAUGUUCAUGUUUAUUGCCGUCGGCGGUAUAGCACUUCACUAUUGGAUUGGUUAUCAGAACGAAAACAAAUAUAUAAGCGUGACUUCCGAACGUGCCAUAGGCAUCACGGUGGGCGUGCUGUGCGUUCUUUCCGGUGCUGUUUAUUUGGUGGACACCGUACUGUCGUUUAUACAUUUCGCCAGAGAAAUGGAGUUCGAUUAGGAGGAGCGACUGAGGCAAAUUUAAGUUAAUUAAAAUAUAGUUACUUUAUAAAUAAGUUUGGCGGUUUUGCUCUUCGAGUGCAUAAUAUAAUAUUAAUAACCGCAUAUUCAUGCAUAUAGGUACUCGUAUAUAUGUAUAUACACACUGAAAAUCUGUCUGUUUCAAUAUCAUAUGACGUAGACAAUCCUAAAGGGUAUAUUACGAAACAUGAAAUGUGCACACRAGCAAAUAGGCAACAUGCAUGAGUAUGAAUGAUAUUAUAGUGUUUUAAAAUCGUUCAAACAUUAUAAAUAAUAUAUUAUGCGCUUUGUGAAAUAAUAUCAAAUAACUAAUAAUUAACUUUUUUUCUACUCAAUAUAUACCUACUACUGAUACUUAUUUACACCUAACGACAUUCCAUCCAUGUAUAAGUCAUAAUAAUGUUUUGUAAAUAUAAAU